AUGGCGACGCCCAUCAUCCGUCUUCAAAACCCCACUGCUCCAGAGGAUCGUCAACAGGCCCUAUUGGUGGCGACGAAUGAGUCCUGUGCCUACAGAGAUAGACAGAAGACUUUUCCUGUCCCCCCUGCACAGCUGCUGAAUGAGUCCACUGCCCUAGACCAUGCUGAAAGGGCACUUCAUGCUGAAGGGAUCCCUGCGCCAUCACGACCGCAGUGCCUGGGGAAGCUGGUCCUGCCCUUUGGCCAGUAUCUCAAUGCCCCGUUUCACUGGCUUGUGGCAAACGAUGUGGGCUACAUGAAGUAUUUGGUUGACAAGCACAGAGAAGAACUCUCUAACAAACCUGGAAAGGAGAAGAUCCAACAUCACUGGAUAAAAGACUACCUGGCAGAGUACGCAGAUAGCUUUCCACAAGUCUCAGUUGUCCUGGAGGCCAAUGUCCACCAAUCCAUUUAUGGACAGAAAGGGUUCAAGUACCAUACCUUUCAGGAGAUGUGGGAGCUCUACAGCCAGUAUUCUGCCCAGAAGGACAGGCCAGAGGAUUUUAGUAUGAUCCAAAAAGCGUACAGCUCUGUAAGCCAGUGGCUACACACGCCUGUGACCCAUAUCGCCAGCGUGCAGAUGAAAAGGUUUAGGAAGUACAUUUAUGACAAGAAAGAUCAAAUGUCAAGCUCUUCCAUCAGUGACACCUCGUGGCUGGAUGACACUCUCUUAUUAGAAGUGAUCAAAGCAGAGUCCACAGCUUCCACAGCAUCAUCCACGGCCAUCGACACGCCGGCAUCCUCAUCCACGGCCAUCGACACGCCGGCAUCCUCAUCCACGGCCAUCGACACGCCGGCAUCCUCAUCCACGGCCAUCGACACGCCGGCAUCCUCAUCCACGGCCAUCGACACGCCGGCAUCCUCAUCCACGGCCAUCGACACGCCGGCAUCCUCAUCCACGGCCAUCGACACGCCGGCAUCCUCAUCCACGGCCAUCGACACUUCCGCAUCCUCAUCCACGGCCAUCUACACGCUGGCGUCCUCACCCGCGGCCAUCGCCACGCCGGCAUCCUCAUCCACGGCCAUCGACACUUCCGCAUCCUCAUCCACGGCCAUCUACACGCUGGCGUCUUCAUCCACGGCCAUCGGCACGCCGGCAUCCUCAUCCACGGCCAUCGACACGCCGGCAUCCUCAUCCACGGCCAUCGACACGCCGGCAUCCUCAUCCACGGCCAUCGACACAUCCGCAUUCUCAUCCACGGCCAUGAACACCUCCGCAUCCUCAUCCACGGCCAUCUACACGCCGGCGUCUUCAUCCACGGCCAUCUACACGCCGGCAUCCUCAUUCACGGCCAUCUACACGCCGGCGUCUUCAUCCACGGCCAUCUACACAUCCGCAUUCUCAUCCACGGCCAUCUACACGCCAGCAGCAUCAGCCACAUACACACAGGCAUUAAAUAAGUCCUCAUCCACAUCCAUAAGUCACGUUUCCUCUGCAGAACCAUGUGACUCCCCAGUCGAGCUGGAGGGUUGGGUGCGACUGUGGGAAAAUCCCAACGGCAUCCCACCAGCUGACCUCUCCUGGGUGAAGGACGACCUCGAGCGAGGACUCUUUGGCCCCAUUCAGGUGUAUCGUGACAACACCGGUGUAUUGAAGAGGAGUCGAGCACUAAAAUCUGACCGGAUGUGGUUUUACCCUCCAGAACCUCCAGGCUACAUUAGUGGUCCCCUGCCAACUCUGCAUCUCUUUUUUCGAAGUCGCGUCUUUGUGUGGCAGCCUGUUGGAGUAUGGAAAUACUUACUGAAGUGUCCUCGGGGUGCAGAAUGUGUGGGUCAAGGAAAGGCUGUGUACCUCUACAAGUCAGGCUACCACACCAGGGUUUGUCACAUUUGUGAUGUAUCCAGCUGGUAUUGUAUGCUGACGGAGGUCCUGUGCUGUGGCCAGUGCACCAAAGCAGCCAGGGGUAGUGGCAGUGGCAAGGUGGGGCAUUGGUUGGCAUGGGAUCCUGCUAUCCUGUGCCAACUCAGUCCUCACUGUGCAGCACGUCCCUGUCAGGUUUACCUGAUUAGUGGAAUCGCUCGCUGGAAUUCAGGCUGCAGUUCUGAUGCUGUGUUCGGUGGCAAAGGUCAACGCCACAGAGCAUACUCUGCCCCUCUGAUUGAUCGCCUCAACACCCGAUGUCAGCAGCUGUUUGGAGAGACUGUAGAGGAGAAUAUCCACGCACCUGCUAAUGUGACGUCGAAUGAGUUGCUUGGUUUGGAAUACCUCUUCAGCCAAAGCACAGGAGAAUCUGGUCCUUUCUCCCUCAGUGACAUCUCCAAGGAUGGACCCAUUCCAGAGGAAGAGGUGAUCCAGCCUGGCCAGUCUGACCCAGAUGAGGACGAUGUGGCGUACCAGAGUGACCCAGAGGCAGAUAACGACAUAGUGCCUACCAUCCUAGCCCACAUCAACCUUAGUACUGACGAGACCACUGCAGCUCACUCUCCAGCCUUUGAGGAUGUUUGUAGUUCCGACCCGCUUCCUGGCUUCCGACAGCUUGGAAAGUUCUGUUCUCUGCUGGUGGAGAUUGGUCUGACUGAGGACAAGUUGAGCCUAACAACACAACAGAGGAACAGGCUCAUCGAAGCAUGGAGUGCUGUAGAGGAACACGACAAACAACCACUUAAGUUUCACCAGCUCUACAAAACACACUGGGGUAAUGCGCUUUAUUGUCGCACAAAGAGAGACGAUCUUGCACUGGCCCAGCAAGACAUCAGUUCUCAGCACAACAGGCUGAUGUACACACUAGUGAAACUUCUCUGGUUGGGGUCACCGCACAGUACUCCGGCAAGCCCUGUAAAAACCACCAUCGCAAAAGCCUAUGAGAGAAUUCAGCAUCACGUAUUGGUAGAGGAUCCGGUUCUGAGCAUACUGGGAAUACCUUUGCCAAAAAUUGACACCAAAACAGUCUGUGAUUUUAUCUGCCGUCAAGAGAGACUCGUCAACCUGCGGGCGACUGAAUUGCCAUCUGCUGCCGUGCUGAAGACCAUGUUAAUCUCUUCAAAAGAGCUACCUCUAGCUCCAUGCCAGCCGUCCGUUCUCCCUCCACCUGACCUCCCACAGAUAAAGUUUGAACACAUUUCAAGCAAAGCAGGGACCAUGGUUUUAAAAGGAAAUACAGACACUGCGAUGCCAGAUCCGAAGGCUCUGCUGCCAUUACAACACAGUGAGUCUGCGCCAAUUCCCCACUCACUACUGCCGGUCAGAGUAUCUCGUGUGACUGAUUGGAAAACGCCAGUCACUUCCAUCAUGAUCAAACCUCUAGCUAAAAUCGCUUCAUCUGCCACACGAGUGAUCCCAGCUACUUCCACCAACACAACACCAGUGCCGAUGUCCACCAGCCAAACUGACACAUCACAGAGUAUUGACAGCCCUUCAGCCUGGGCCAGGGCUACACUGUAUAAACGGAAACAUACAGGCAAUCUUACAAAUGUUGGAAUCAAGAAGUCACGUGUACAAAAAUUGCCUGUUUGUACACUAUGCAGCCAACCGACUCAGGGGCACAAAAAAUACAAGAAGAAGACUUUUUGCCCUGUAAAAAUGAUGUCGACCUCAAAAGGACUUUGCAGCAGAGUCUACUCCAGUUACGAACAUUUUACCUCAGUUGUAGACUUACGGCAAUAAACUUGGGGUAUGUUCACACUUGGCAUGUUUGGUUCGAUUAAAACAAACUCUGGUGCGAUUGCUCUGUUAGUGCGGUUCG